AUGUCCAAAGGGCUCCCAGAGACCAGGACGGACGCAGCCAUGUCAGAGCUGGUGCCUGAGCCCAGGCCUAAGCCAGCAGUGCCCAUGAAGCCCGUAAGCAUCAACUCCAACCUGCUGGGCUACAUCGGCAUCGACACCAUCAUUGAGCAGAUGCGCAAGAAGACCAUGAAGACUGGUUUCGACUUCAACAUCAUGGUCGUCGGCCAGAGUGGGCUGGGCAAGUCAACACUGGUCAACACGCUCUUUAAAUCCCAAGUGAGCCGCAAGGCCUCCAGCUGGAACCGGGAGGAGAAGAUUCCCAAGACAGUGGAGAUCAAAGCUAUCGGGCACGUGAUAGAGGAAGGCGGUGUCAAAAUGAAGCUGACCGUCAUCGACACUCCGGGCUUUGGAGACCAGAUCAACAAUGAAAACUGCUGGGAACCCAUUGAGAAGUACAUCAAUGAACAGUAUGAGAAGUUCCUGAAGGAGGAGGUGAACAUUGCGAGGAAGAAACGCAUUCCUGACACUCGUGUCCACUGCUGCCUCUACUUCAUCUCCCCCACAGGACACUCCUUGCGACCUCUCGAUCUGGAGUUCAUGAAACACCUCAGCAAAGUUGUGAACAUCAUCCCUGUCAUUGCUAAGGCUGACACCAUGACCCUGGAGGAGAAGUCUGAAUUCAAGCAAAGGGUCCGCAAGGAGCUUGAAGUAAAUGGCAUUGAAUUCUACCCCCAGAAGGAAUUUGAUGAGGAUUUGGAGGACAAAACAGAGAAUGACAAAAUCCGGCAGGAGAGCAUGCCUUUCGCUGUGGUGGGAAGUGACAAGGAGUACCAAGUGAAUGGCAAACGAGUCCUUGGCAGAAAAACUCCCUGGGGGAUCAUUGAAGUGGAAAACCUCAACCACUGUGAGUUUGCCCUGCUUCGAGACUUUGUCAUCAGGACCCACCUCCAGGACCUCAAGGAAGUGACACAUAACAUCCACUAUGAGACGUACAGGGCCAAGCGGCUCAAUGACAACGGAGGCCUCCCUCCGGGAGAAGGCCUCCUGGGCACUGUCCUUCCACCUGUGCCAGCCACCCCCUGCCCCACUGCUGAAUGAAGGCCAUUUCAAGCGCUGCUUCUCCCUCCAUUCCUCUCAGCUGUAUUGCUGCGGGGCCAUGCCUUUUUUAGUGCUGUGCUUGUUCAGCCCAUCCCCUCAGCCCCUCUGAGCCCUCAGUAGGUGGGAGGGGCCAGCUGCCUCUUUAGGACAGUUACUUCCUCCAUUUAUCCAAACCACCCCUCUUCUCCCAGUGGAAGGGAGUUCUUGCCAGCACUGCCCUCCUCCAUCGUCUGUGUCAGCCGGUCCCAGCCCAUCUGUAGGGUGAAAGAACUCAUCAAGAGCUUCUUCUGCCCUUGCAAACCCAUACCAGCUACGUGUAGCCAUCUCCAAGGGAAAUGGCAUUGCUCCCUAUCCAUUCAUCUGCAUGAGCUCCUCUUGGCUUUCUUAAAGGGUCAAGAAAGCAACUUUUCUGCUUGUCAGAUUUGUGGACGUCAGCUGUGUGA